AUGCCAGCCUACAACUGGAUCAUCGUAGUUUCGGUACUUAUCAGCGGUGUGAACAGUUUUACCGUAAUUCGCUCUACCAAUGCAUUAGGACAAGGAGACGUUGACAAGUUUUCUAACACGGAUUGUGUCCCAGCUUUAUGUGGAAGCCUUCGUUCUGCUACUUGUUGGACAACGGACUGUUGCUUUUGCCAGUGUAAUUACGCCACACCAAACUAUGUCAUGUCUGAAGGAGUAUGUAGGACUAACGACGAGGUAGAUACAGGUAAGCUGAAUGUUUUAAGUAUUUUUAAGGCUGAAUAUGGCAAGUUUAAUAUUAUAAAACCCUUUAAGUACCAGAUGAUUGUAGCUUUAAUCUGUGGGUUAUAAGAAUCUUAAUUAGUGUGACCAUCCAAAUUUAUUCUACCGAAAUACUGCUGCCUUCUUGUGAGGCACUGACUCGGUGCAAGUUGCAUGGUUUUCAAUAAAGUUUGAAUCUGCGAGUCUCAAAAAUCAUAAAUCGUUGUGACCAUUUAAAGAAAACAGUUUCACCACCACUGAAAGAACAAAAUGUUCUCGCAGAAACGUAAUUCUCCAACCCAUCUGUCCUAAGUUAACCAUCACUGAUCCUUUGGAGAAAUACUGUCGGCGAUAUAGUUAACAGCAUUGUUUGUAUUAAUCUAUGACAAGCGUCUUGAAUACCCAGGAAGGAAAGAAUAACAUAAGAUGGUAGAGCUCAGGUCACAUUUAAAGUGUUACUUGAAGUUUCGACUGUUAUCGAGAUGUGUGGAUCUGUUUAUUUUUGAAAUCAAUAAUAUCGUUUUACGCUGGUAAAAUAAUUAGUAUCGCGCAAUAAAAAGCACCACUUUGGGUUAUGAGAUGAAUUUGGAUAAACAGGAACAUUUCUCGUAUUUUUUUUGCCGUUAAGAAACACAUCAAGAGAGUCGAUACAUGUAUGUGUGUCAAAAUGGAACUCAAUGCAACUAAGCGAUGUUUGAAAGGACUACACCCUACGAAUGCUUUGAUUUAGGCUCAUUGUCUACAUAUAUCCGAAUUAUAAACAUGUACCAGAUCACCCAUAGCUUAACCCCCAUGCAAUAGAGGUACAGGGUGGAAUACUGGCGUUUAUUGUUUUAGUGCUGACAAGUUAAUUCUAUUAACUCAUUUCAUGAAGCCAAUUUCAAUGUAAAUCACCCUUUGUACAAUUUGGCCAAUGAAUAUGCUUUAACCAUGAUUUUCUGCGUUUAUUAUUUAUUUAUUUAUUUAUUUACCUACCUAUUUAUUUGAAUAGGAUGUCAGUUAGAAAAUACACUUAACGAAGAUUACCCCUUGCCCGUCAAGGAAGUAACAAAACCAGGAAAGCUUCAGUUUACUGAUCCAGGGUGCAAUGGUAUAGUGCAAAACAGCGGAUGGUACUAUCGAUUGUCUUCUACUGAGUGGAUCGCGGGACCACGGAAUAUAUUCAGUAUAAGAGCCGUUCUCACUGGCAGAGGCAGCUUGAAUUUGCAGGUACACGAAAAUACUUGAUAAAGAACUUUUCAAACUGUGUUAACUUAAAUUCGUUUUCUGUAUAUUUUAAACACUCAUUGUCAAGAAUUACAAUCUGCCUAAAAGUAACCUCAGUUGAUGGAGGUGUCAUGUGACGGUGAACAAAACAAAGCAAAGCAAAACAAAGAUCUCACAUCAUUAAAAAUGGUGGCUAACUUUGUUUGUCUUGUCCCAGUGCGCCUUUUGCUGUCCAGGGUGGUGGUUUUGAGCCACGUUCCUAGGACUAGCUUCAAAAAGCCUAUGAAAGGGGUGCCUGACAUGGACCAUAGGUGACUUGGAUAAAUUACGAGAUUACCCUUCCUUUUUUGGUUUAUGCGUGAUAAGCAAAAAGAGAAUUUGACAUUUGAUUAGGGCACACUUAAGCCUUAUUCCGUGCCCUCUUCCACCACCAUCACCUUUCAAUUAAUAAUAAUAAUAAUAAUAAUAAUAAUAAUAAUAUUUAAUAAUGGUUUAUUAACAGUGUAUACACCUAGUGGCUCUUGACCUGUUACAAACUACAAUAUAAAAAAUGAAAAACUAUAAUAUACUACAAAAAAAAAUUGAAAUCUACAAUAUAAAAAGCAAUAAUAUCGGACUAUAAAAGGAUAUUGUACAAAAAAUAAAAAUGUAAUAGAGAUUAGUAAUAGUAAUACAACCCUAUAUGCAAUUUACAAACUAUUUACAAACGUUAUUUAGUAGAUACGCAUUAACAUCCCUACAGUAUACUUUGAAAUCGCUACAGUUUCGAAUAUUUGCUGGAAGGAUAACUUGGCAGCAGACUCUUAAAAGGUGCCCCUCUCCGUUGGUAUAAUUAAUCUUGUAGCUGCUCCUGACCGCAAAGAUCGCAGAUGUUUAACUGUAUCUAGUGGUACGUAAGACGGCAAGCUGGGGGAGUACAAAGCCCGGUGAAGGAGUUUGAGAACGUGGAAACCUCUUCGCUGUCUUACUGGUAAACACCCUAUCUUAACAAUAUCGCUAAUGCCAUUUACAUACCUAUUCAGGACAAAACUAGCAGCUACGUAUGUAAACGUUUUAGUUGAAAUUCCGGCAAAGGGUAAUAGACAGGUAAUAGAUCGUAGUAGACACUAUUAAAUGAUAUUUUUAAAGGACUUGAUGACCUAAGACGACUUUUUCGGCUUAUAAAUCUAAUCACUUUUUGAGUAAGAGAAGCAAAAAAGAAUCUUAUAAAGCCACAGAGAAGAUGCUCUCAUUUUUCCCUGUUAUAUUUUUUCUCUUCUUAUCAUCUGUAGUGGGAUAAAGGUCUCGACCCAAAGUAUACUGGACUGGUUUUAAAGUUCGUCUUCACGUGUCAAAAUAAACGCACUACUGGCUGCGUAUUGAUGAAGUCAAAAGGAAACUAUACGACAACUAACGAAGGUAUUAUAUGAAUAAUAUUUAGAUAAUGAGUUCCACCAAUCUUAAUGGUUUGCUUCAUUCUGUAUUUUAACUUGUGUCAACGUAUCAAGUUGCAUCAACUCUGAUGGUGCUAGAUCUCUGAUCCCCUUACCACAUGUUGCCAGAAGUAAACUUUCUAUUACAAAACGGCCAACAGCAACUUAUUAAGGCCAGAAUUCUGGAGUAAAAUAUUCAAUGGCAAUAAGCUAGCAGUUCUUUAGCAGCUCUUAAUCCACUACCUAAGGCUGGCUAUGUCUGUACACUCUACCAGUUGCUGAAAAAUUCUUCCCCCUAGUAUGGACACCUGUUCACAAACACGUGGAUAAUGUAUUCCGAGACAUCGGUUGACAGCAUCACCACCAAGAAUCUCACCGCUGGCAGAACACUGGCAGUAAGAUAUGCAGGAUAGAGCUGUCGGGCUCGUCACUAAAGAAGUCAUCAAAUUAUGUUGGUCAGCUUUCUAAUGCUUAAAGGAAGACAAAAAAAAAAAAUUUGAAGGAUGAAGUGAAGCAACAACCUAUCCUCUUGAGAAUCGGCUUUCACAUUGAAGUGGUAGACGAUUUCAGGUAUUCUGGGACAUCUGUUGUGAACAACGUGAAGGAUUUUCUGGCAAGAAAAAGUUCAUUACGGCCUUCACAUAUCCCUCGCUUCUUUCAUGGCUGUUUUAGGGGAACAAUCAACUCUCUCUAACAGAAACAUGGACUAGCUACGAUUUGGGGGCUGGAAAGUUCUUCAAAACCGAGCCAGCUAAAAAGAACCAUCUUACCAGGCGGAGCAUAGACUUAUGGAGAAGUUCAGUCUGUAUAUCCAUCUAUCGCCUCGACACUGGGACAAACGGGAGUUUAAUACAGGCCACUGUUUCAAUGCCUAAGAACAUCCUUCGUUCCCAAGAGACUAUGGCGAAAUAAGAGCAAGAAGACUCCUCUGCCAACCCCAACACAAUCUCGAGAAAUAACAGGCACAGAUACACUUUUAGAAGAACAAUGGAGAAAAUAUCCAGCGCUUGGACAUUCUCCCGUCCAUCUCAACGGCAGUCGAAGUUUAAUUUGAUGACGGAUGAUGAUGAUGAUGAUGAUGAUGAUGAUGAUGAAAUAAGGAUAGGUUUCAGGCCCUUCUAGACACUUUACCCACCAUAUAAAUUUCGACAAUCCUAUCAGGGUAACCAAAUAUCUUGACUAUCAAUGCUUAAAAUUAUCAGUACAAUGAGCAAAGUAACUUGCCCUAAUCUUCACAUGAUCUUUCCAUCAGUGUUGUCAAGCUCUUUGGUUCCACUGGGAUCCAAUGAUGGGGGAAUUGGUGUUACAGGAGGAGAAACAAGUCCCACACUACCGAGUGGCAACUCGGAUGGAAAGGUUUGAAUUAAAAUAGUAACUGAGGAAAGUGCGAUGUUAGAACUUUAUCCAGAAAUUAAACCUUACUCCCUUACAAAAAUGGCUUUCCUAUGUACGCUGUUCCAAUAGACAUAACUGCCAAACUUGAAUCAAUCGAUAAAAUUUUAGGCAAAUACAUUUGAUUCUAAGCAAAUAUUCUACCUUUUUUGAGUAAUUGAAGCCAUGGUCACUAAAGAAGACCCAUUCAAAGCUACCCACAUGAUAAACCUUAAUGUGAAUUGUCACCUCACAAUGAAAAAAAAUAAGCCAAGACGCAACCAUUUAAAACUCUGCGUCGUUUAGUUUUCUAAUUUCCCAUAGUAAUUAGACAUAUUUUUCUCACAAUGAGAAUGCCUGUCUGAAAUGAAAGGUCUUAGGAUUAAGACUUAUGUUUUGUUUAAGGGAGACAACGGUGUUCUGGAGCCAGCAGCAAACACCAAACAAAAGGUGGAGGCAAGGCAAACUGGAGCCGUCGUCGCUGGAGUGACAGUGUCACUAGCUUUCGGAAUUGUACUGGUGUUUGUUACUUUACUGCUUAUGGUGAAGAAAAGACGUAACCAGGGAACGUAAGUCAUAGUCAUUAUAAUAUAACAUGAUUUACGCCAAUCAUAUCUGAGUGAAUUUGCAUUACCUUUAUUUUGUUUAGUGGGCAUCACAGUUAAAGAAUAAUCGCUCAAUAAUUCGCCCCUUCUAACAAAAAAAAGGUAAUCCAAGACAGUCUUGGAUUCUACAGAUCCCACGUUUUGAAUUCUUGAUUGCGGAUUCCUCGUCGGUGGAACUUGGAUUCCGGACUCUAAUCUUAAGCUGGAUUCCAGAUUCCUUGAGCUGAAUUUCUGAUUCCAAAGCCUAGGAUUCUUUAUUCCCCAAUCUGGCCACAGGAAGAAUAGUUUUAAGAUCUGCAAUAAAGCUACGUGCAAACGGACGCAACAACUCCCAACAUUUUUCGUCUGUGUUGGCAGUGGUGUGCAAACGGUUGCAAUAAUUCCCAACACUGUUGGGACCUGCAGUGCAUGGUGGGAAGGAUACAACCCAUUAGACUUUGUAAACCAUGUGCAAUGCGCAUGCGUGGUCCAAUCAAUUUUGGAAGAGCUGUGCAAACGGAUCCAACAUUGUAGCGCUACGCUUCGGCGAUCACGGAACAAAAGAAAUGUUGGCUCAAAACUUUGAACGGUUUCAAACUUUCAGCAAUAACUCCCCCAAAAAAGCAACAUCAUACAACAGGGUGUGCAAACGGGCGUAACAUGUAAUAUCCAACAAAACUGGGAGUUGUUUACCAACAAUGCUGACGGUCCGUUUUCACGGGGCUUAAAGGAACAGACCGUUUAAUUCUAUUCUAUUUCGUUUAUUUACCUUUUCGGUUAAUUUUUAGGGAGAAAGAUCAAAGAAGAAAUGCACCAAGUAAGAACUACUGAAAAUUUGAUGAGUUAAUACGAUUCUCUGAAACUUCAAUACUUAAUACAAAUAACAAAAUCUGCUUACCCAAAUCUUAUAAUCUCUACUUUUUUCGUUUUUUACAGAUGUGACCUAUGAGGUAAGAAAUUAUUGAUGUGCAUUUAUAUAAUCACUUUAUUAUUCAAGCCACUGAGUACAUCAAAAAUUUCUUAAUAAUAGUUUCUGCUUCUUUUACUUAUCUAGUCAUUUUAUAUAUAUAUAUAUAUCUUCGUAUAUUUUAUAUUUGUAUUGAUACAUUUAUUGUUUCAUUUAUUUUCACA